AUGAUCGGGUAUCCUAUUUUAGCUAUUGCACCCAAUCGCCCCGAGGGCUACCCUAAGUUUGAGGACGUCCAGGUGGACCGGACAGGUGUUAGCCGAGCUGACGUCGUGGUUACCUGUAGAGUGAGUGGCUUUCCCGCACCUAACGUCCACCUCUGGCGAGAAGUAAAGACGGACGGACAGACGGACUAUCAGCGCAUACGGACUGAUGGGCGCAUAUUUGUUGAUCAACGGAAGUACGACCGCUACACGCUUCUGCGCGGUAUUAUUCGGGGAGCCACAUCGGCAGACGCCGGCAUCUACCUCUGCUCGGCAGACAAUAGCCUGGGCUCACUACGGCAGCAGUUUAGACUAACUCUUGGAGAGGGCUCCACAUCCAAACAGGCGGGUCUGGCUAUUGAUGGAGUGACCGUCGACUCCACGGGGGAGAAUAACCAAGAUGUGACGAUAACGUGUACGGCGACGGGUAACCCGGUGCCUAGCCUGAGGCUGUGGCAAUACAAGAACGGCAACUACCAGGUGGUACAGCGGAGUCGCCGAGUGGUCCUAAAUCUACAAAGGGGAGAGAAGAAGUCCGUGUUUAAGGUGACUAUCAAAAAAGUGACCCAGGCAGACGCUGGUGUCUACAUCUGCUCAGCCAGUAACUCCGAGGGCACAGUACGCCAACAGUUUAACCUCACCAUACAAGAACAUGCUGUUGCCGGCAAGGGUUUACCUAAGAUGGAGGAUGUAACUGUCGUGAGGACUGGACCUAGCAAUGAAAACGCUGUGAUCACGUGUUCUGCUACAGGAAGUCCGCCACCAGAUGUCAAAUUAUACAAACAGAUAUCUAGCGAAAAGGACAAAGAAUAUCAAGAGCUUGAGACGGGGGGUCGUUUGAUACUGAACGAGUCACCGGGAGCCAGCGGUACAAUAUUGACUCUACUUGUGAUGAACGUACUUCCAGAGGACUCCGGGGUUUACAUGUGUGAAGCCAGCAACACAGGUGGCACAGUGCGCCAGAGCUUCCGCUGGGGCAUUGAAGGUGGGAACCAGCAAACUGCGCAUGGCAGUUGAUCUCUCACUCUCUCCUGCUGUGCUCCUCAUUCACAGGGCUGUGCCAGAAAAAAGACAGAAAGGAAUUGGAACUGUUCUCUUGAAUACCAAAGAUACUCACGGACUAAACACUUAUAGACGAUGAUCAGAAAUACAGAACAUUUUAAAAUAGGCUACGCGGUGUGUUUGUUAUUUUGGCAGUACAUGGCUGGGAUGACAAAUUACUGCAUUCCACUGACAAUAAGUUGGGGUUAAGACAGGGCUGUUCCAGUAUCAGAAUAAUAUUAAGCCGUCGUUUCAAUCUAAGAUUAAACCUGCAAUCUAAGAUUGUCUAAAUUAAACAUUCCCCUCCCCCCUCCUCUUUUUUUCUGGAACAGUCCUUCUCUUUAACAUUGUCUUUUGUCUGCUGUAAAAGAUUUCCGGUGAAUAUUCAACUUUUGGUGUAACAAAGAACGCAUUAUAUGUGUAGGCAUUUCUAAAAUAUACUUUUCUAUUUGGGUAGAUGUCUAGAGCCAAGUUGUACCGUUUUGUUUUCAUUUUGUUGUUCCAAACAGAGAUACAUGCAUGCAAUGCUUGGUUGAAAAGUCUUUUUGUUUCUCCCAAUGUAUUUUACCAAUGUAAUUUAUGUUAUGGUGGCGAUGUCAUCAGUUACCUACCAUUGAUUUGCGCCUGUGAUUUGCCUCUUCUCUAUAGUAUGGUCAGCAAAACAUAGAUGUAAUUUCACUUCGUAAAGACCACUUUCAUUGAGGAUUUUAGUGUUGAUCUGAAAAGACUUAAUUUCACAAGACACUGAGCAGUCCAUUUUUAUAAACAUUCUUAAAGUAUUCCGCUUUUGUGCAGGGUUAACAUUUAUACGCGACUGGAGAAAAUGUCGUUUUACUGCUGUACUGUCGCAGAUGAUUCUUCCACCAAUAAGAAUAAAGCAUCAAUCAGAAAAAGAUUUCAACAUGUCAUUUACAUAUUGAGCCUCCAGUACAAAGCCACAGGAAAACUAUACUGUUUCUUUCUCAAGACAAAGCUAUCACCCUUGUCCACAACCACGAACGACACUAGACUUACUCUGUGAAUAUGAACUUGAAACGAACUUGUCCGUAAUCAUUCCACCUAUCUUUCUUAUUAAAAGUUACAGCAGUUGCUGAACUUGAAGAA